UAGGCGGGACUUUGAUGUAACAUGCGCUGUAUAAUUGGCUAGGUGGCGCAUGACGAUUCACGGAAGUAGUUGCGUCCUGUGCUGUGUGCAUGAUUGUCCCAAAUGCAUGAAGUCCCAAAUCCAAAAUAUGGAACAAAAUAAUGACGGGGGCUUGGCCCAGGUCCGGCAUGUUGUGUUGGUUCUGUCAGGGAAAGGAGGCGUGGGCAAGAGCACCAUCACCACGGAGUUAGCACUGACUCUCAGGCAUGCUGGCAAAAAGGUUGGCAUCCUGGACGUAGACUUGUGUGGGCCCAGUAUCCCCCGCAUGCUGAAUAUGGGCCGUCCUGACGUGCACCAGUGUGACUCAGGAUGGGUGCCUGUAUACACUGAUCCGCAGAAGAACCUCGCCCUUAUGUCUAUCGGUUUCCUGCUGGAGGACCCAGAUGAAGCGGUGAUCUGGAGGGGGCCUAAGAAAACAGCUUUGAUUGGCCAGUUUGUGUCAGAUGUAGCAUGGGGAGAGCUGGAUGUGCUUCUGGUGGACACACCGCCAGGGACGUCUGAUGAGCAUUUGGCAGUGCUGGAGAACCUUAAAAAACACAGAGUGGAUGGAGCCAUUUUGGUCACCACACCUCAGGCGGUAUCGACGGGGGAUGUGAGGAGAGAGAUCACCUUCUGUAAGAAGACAGGUGUACGGAUCCUGGGCAUCAUAGAGAACAUGAGUGGCUUUGUUUGUCCACACUGCUCGGAAUGCAGCAAUAUAUUCUCAAAAGGUGGUGGUGAAGAGUUAGCCAAGCUGACUGGAUCAGCAUUCCUAGGUUCUGUGCCCUUGGAUCCUCUGCUCAGCGCCAGUAUAGAGGAAGGCAAAGACUUCACACAGUCAUUUCCUGACAGUGCCACCUUCAGUGCUAUCAGCAGUAUCUCUCAGACCCUGCUCAGCAGCCUCCAAACAGCUUGAGCCAUGAAUGUAUUUGCUCAAAAUUCUGGAUUGUUUUCACAUUUUAGCACAUAGGUUCUGUGAAAAGUACAGUAUAAUGCAGAAAUAUUGGUUGUUGUGUAAAUGUAAUGAUUUCUAUAUUGCAUUUUUGUCCUGUACAGUUAAACAUCAUAUCAAACUAUUUCCUGAUGCUCUUGUUUUAUACAUUUAAUAUCUGUAUCUGCCAAUAGUACAAUGCAGGCUUUGUUUGCAGUUAUCUUUCAGUGCUGCAGUUGCAAUUCUAGAGGCAUUAACCACAGCGUGAAGCUCUCACCACAGAGAGGAAGAGAUGAAUACUGUAAAACAGCAACUCAGAUAAUCUAAUCUUUCAAAUGUAGACAGUUUUGUAAUAAAAAUGCCAUGCUGUCUGUAUAAGGCUUAGAGGUAAAAUACAGUACUCAAAACACUA